AUGAAAUACACCGCAGUAUUUAUCUUACUUACGCUGGCCAUUACGGCUUCAGCUGUUAAGGACUCACGUGUCAUUGGAGGCUCAAUUGCCACGGCAGGCCAAUUUCCGUAUGUUGCUGGACUGAUCACUAGAAUCAACGUCCUGUUGUCGGGUCAAUGCGCGGGAUCGAUUCUUUCAACACGUACCAUUCUCACUUCUGCGAGCUGUGUUUCAGGAAUACAAAAUGCGGUUGUUGUGAUGGGUGGCCUUAUGAUCAAUAACGAAAAUGAAGCUGGUCAACUUCGUGUAACGGCGACCCAAUUCAUCAUCCAUAACGGCUAUAUGGAGGAUACGCUGGACUUUGAUGUCGCUUUGGUCAUUCUACCGAUACCGAUUUCCUUCACUGACAGUAUUACAGCGGUACGGCUUCCGAAUCGCCGCCAAGCGGACGCCUCUUUCCUUGGACAGGAAGGCACAUUCAUGGGCUGGGGUAGAUUCGGUGAUGGUACAAGCAAUUCCGAAGUUCUACGCUUCGGAACGUCACGAGUUAUCACCAACUUGGCUUGCACCGUGAGCCUAGUAACAGAAACGAUCCUAAGUGAGCACGUUUGUACGGCCGGAACGGACGAUGAUGCUGGCAAUGGUUCACCUUGCCAGGGUGAUAGUGGCGCUCCGCUGACCAUUCUUGAUUCCGACGGAAUCACCACGCAGAUUGGAGUCUUUUCGUUCCACUCCAUUCUGGGUUGUGCCAGUGGACGUGCCGCAGUCUUCACGCGCAUGUCCGCUUACCUCAACUGGAUUGAAGACAAUUCUGAUGUCAUGAUUGAAGACUGA